CCACCACUCUUGUCUGACUUCGAGAACCCCAACGACGUCGACGACUUGCCUUGAUGUUCGCAGACCCCACCCAUCCCGAUCCACCCGUGGAGCCGUGCUUAUCGGAGCGCGCCGAGACCCUGACGGGCGUCAAGCUUAAACACCGACCAGCUUGCCCCCAGUUGCCGUCAAGAUCUAUGGACUGCUCCUCGCACUUGUCGAGUUUCUUCUGUGACCACGGCUGAUUCGCCGCGAUAUUCGUGCCCUUGCGAUAAUGCCAGUAUGCAGCAUGGAGGGAAAUACCAGCUGUGGGUAUAACAGAGCUGUGGAGGACAUGCGCCGGAGAGAGUAUCCCAUGUUAGGAGGUUCCAUCUACCUCGACCAUGCCGGAACUGCUUUGUAUCCGAAAUCGUUGAUUGAACGCUUCUCUGCUGACUUGAUCUCCAACCUCUAUGGCAAUCCACAUUCCGCCUCCCAUCCUUCGCAGCUCUCCGCACGCCGCAUCGAUGACGCCAGGCUGCGCCUUCUACAAAUGUUUCAUGCAGACCCAGAAGACUUUGAUGUGGUGUUCGUAGCGAAUACAACUGCUGGAGUCAAGUUGGUCGCAGAGGCAUUUCGCGAACAGCCAGGGGGGUUUUCCUACGCUUACCAUAAAGAUUGCCACACGAGUCUCGUCGGUGUGCGCGAAGUGGCAAGGGAACAUAUAUGCCUUGCCUCUGAUGAUGAUGCUAAUGAGUGGCUACAACACGAGCAACAUCUGAAGAUUACAGCUUCCUCGCCGGUUCUGUUCGCUUACCCGGCCCAGUCAAACAUGAACGGACGUCGCCUGCCGCUUGAUUGGUGUAAAAUGGUCCGGUUUCCGACCAGAGGUGACUCCCGGGCGGCGUUCACUCUGCUCGAUGCGGCGGCCUUGCUCUCUACAUCGCCUUUGGAUCUUAGCAAUCCCGAGACAGCCCCGGACUUCACAGUCCUCAGCUUGUAUAAGAUUUUUGGCUUUCCGGAUCUCGGAGCACUCGUAAUACGAAAAGCCGCUGGGCAUAUUUUUGGAAAGAGACGCUACUUUGGGGGCGGUACCGUGGACAUGGUGGUAUGUCUGAAGGAACAGUGGCAUGCAAAAAAGACGGAAUCGCUUCAUGACCAACUGGAAGAUGGCACGUUGCCGAUUCAUAACAUCUUGGCUCUUCACUCCGCCAUGGAUGUACAGCGUGAGCUCUUUGGGUCACUUGAGCAAAUUUCGCGCCAUACCGCAUUUCUAGCGAAAAGACUAUACGAAGGUCUAUCCGCCUUGCGGCAUGCCAACGGUUCGCUUGUCUGCGAACUGUAUACCAAUCGAUCUUCCGACUAUGGCGAUCCUUCCAAACAGGGUCCGAUUGUUGCCUUUAAUAUUCGGAACAGUCUAGGAGUCUGGACCAGCAAUUUCGAGGUAGAGAAGCUGGCGUCUGUCAAGAACAUACACCUGAGGACUGGAGGGCUGUGUAACCCUGGCGGAAUCGCCUCCUCUCUCAGCCUGUCGCCAUGGGAGAUGAAGCAAAACUUUUCUGCUGGCCAGCGAUGCGGCAAUGAGAACGACAUCAUGGGUGGCAAGCCCACUGGAAUGAUACGCGUCAGUCUAGGAGCCUCCAGCACCGUUGAUGACGUGGAUGCCUUUGUUGGUUUUGUGCAAGAGUUCUUCUUGGAAACGAGCGUGGCACCAAUGCCACGGAGCCCAGUGGUCGACGAGGUUUCGCUGCGUACCAGCCCGUUCUUUGUAGAGAGCUUGACUGUGUACCCCAUCAAAAGCUGCGCCGGGUGGAAAGUGCCUUCGGGCGUAGCGUGGGAAGUUCGCGAGGAAGGCCUUGUUUGGGACCGGGAGUGGUGCUUGGUGCAUCAAGGCACCGGCGCAGCCCUGAGCCAAAAGCGCUAUCCAAAAAUGGCUCUGCUACGACCGACCAUCGACCUCGAACAGGGCUGCCUGCGAGUACGCUAUGCUGGCAGCAGCGACGAGAUCAGCGUGCCUCUGUCGGCGGAUCCUUCGUAUUUCCCAGAAGCCGGCCAGGUCAAGCAGCCCACGACGCGAGUCUGCGGGGACGUGGUAAGCGCCCAGAGGUACUCGUCGGCCAGGAUCAACGGCUUCUUCAGCCAAGUGCUGGGAGUUGGUUGCCAACUGGCGCGGUUCCCAGCGGCAGGAGCAUCUGCGCGGCACUCGAAGGCGCAUCUGCAGCAGCGCCAGAUGCCAGGGGCCUUCCCGGAGGUCGAGCGGCCGAUUCUCCUGUCGAACGAAAGCCCAAUCCUCAUCGUGUCGCGGUCGAGCCUCAACCGGCUGAACGAGCAGAUCAAGGCGCACGGCGGCAAGGCGGCGGCAGCGGAGGUGUUUCGCGCCAACAUAGUGCUGGCGGAGCGGGCGCCUGGGCGCGAGCAAGCGUACGCCGAAGACGGAUGGCAUGGGGUGCAGAUAGGCCAGCAGCAGCUGGAGCUGUUGGGGGCUUGCCGCCGCUGCCAGAUGGUGUGCAUCGACCAGCAGACGGCGCGGCGGGACGAGGAGCCCUUUGUGACGCUGGCGAAGACGCGGCGGAUAGCAGGCAAGGUGUUUUUCGGGCAGCACGCAUGCCUGGCCUCGCGGCUGGCCCAGCACCCCACGAUCGCAGUGGGCGACGGGGUGAUUGGUAGAUAGCGGCGGG